UCAGUGAGGGAAGGAGAGAGACGCGCCAGCGCAGAGAGGCACGAAGCGGAGAGCAUCAAGUCGUCUACAUUUGGACAAAUCCUAAACCAGCGAAGAAAACUAAUGAAAAAUAAUAACUGUAACGUACCAAUAGGACUCAAAAGUGUGGGCGCCGUGUUCGUAUUUGGACAUAAAAUGAAAGGUCUACCUGUCUCUUCAUUGGGUUUGGAGUCCUAUUUGCGGCGACUUUGACAGAAGAUUUGCGCAUGCAGAGUGGGCUUUCAAAUCGGACUUGACUCGGACAUUCAGAAUCCCUUCAGGGAGUAAAAGACCUUAAUAACCGCUUCUCUCACUGGAACUCAUCAAACACAACCAUCACCGCCACCAUGGACGAAGACCAGUGCUACUACAAUGAGACCAUCUCCUUCUUCUACAACCGCAGUGGCAAGCCCCUUGCUACUGACUGGGACACCGUCAGCAGGCUGGUGAUGGGGCUGGGCAUCACUGUGUGUAUCUUCAUCAUGCUCGCCAACCUUCUGGUAAUGGUCGCCAUCUACGUCAACAGGAGAUUCCACUUCCCAAUAUACUACCUGAUGGCCAAUUUAGCAGCUGCUGACUUCUUUGCUGGACUGGCCUACUUCUACCUAAUGUUCAACACAGGACCAAACACUAGGCGGCUGACUGUUUCAACAUGGUUGUUGCGUCAAGGCUUGAUCGAUACCAGUCUGACAGCAUCGGUGGCCAACCUGCUGGCCAUCGCCAUAGAGCGUCACAUCACUGUCUUCCGCAUGCAGCUACAUACACGUAUGAGCAACCGACGUGUAGUGGUGGUGAUCGUUAUAAUCUGGACUAUGUCCAUAGUGAUGGGAGCGAUACCCAGUUUGGGCUGGAACUGUAUCUGCAGCCUUAAAAGUUGCUCCAACAUGGCACCACUUUAUAGCAACUCCUACUUGGUCUUUUGGGCGGUCUUUAACCUUUUGACAUUUGUUGUGAUGGUAACGCUUUACGCCCACAUUUUUGUCUAUGUGCGGCAGAGGACCAUGAGGAUGUCGCGGCACAGCUCUGGACCGCGGCGCAACAGAGAUACAAUGAUGUCUCUGCUCAAAACAGUGGUCAUCGUGUUGGGUGCAUUUAUUAUCUGUUGGACCCCAGGCUUGGUCAUCCUACUUCUCGAUGUCUUCUGCUCCAGCUGCAGUGUCCUCACCUAUGAAAAGUUCUUCCUGCUCCUUGCUGAGUUCAACUCAGCUAUGAAUCCUAUCAUCUAUUCAUACCGUGACAAGGAGAUGAGUGCCACCUUCAAGCAGAUCUUGUGCUGCCAACGACAGGAGAAUGUCAAUGGGACGGUGGCGGAGGGCUCUGACCGCUCAGCGUCUUCUAUCAACCAUACAGUGCUGGCUGCUGGCGGUGUGCAUCACCAUCACAAUGAGCACUCAGUGGUUUGAAAUAAUCAAAAAAUGGAAGUCUGAAAGUUGUGGUGAUUCUGACUAAAUCAAGGUAAAUACUAAAGAAGGGAUGAGAACGUGGAAUAGAUUAUAGACUGUUGUUUCAAUUUAAAAAUAGGUGAAAGGAACUGAUAAUCAACUGGAUAUCAGAUGGAUUUAGCAAUGAAGAAGAAGCAGAAGAAGAAGAAGGGGAGUAAAAAGAAUGAUGAAAAGACAAUGCAAACGAAGAAAGAAAAUCUAAUAUUCAAAGACUCUGACAGGCUGUUAGUAUUUUUUUAGCUGUAUAUUGUUUUCUGUGUUAAAUGUGGUUUUUUUUACAAGCAAAGUUGAUAUGAAUUAUUUAAGUAAUAUGUGAAAUGGUAAUGCCAGUAUAACAAUUCUCUUUCUCCAUUCAGCCAUGUUUAACUUUGGAACUACUAUACUUCUAGACAUGUGCCACCAAGACAAACACCUUGAUGCCAUUUUCACAUAACGUGUUCCUCUAAUUGAGGCAAAAAGAACAUCCUCAAUAAUUAACCACAUUUCUACUUUGGUAAUUUACACAAUUUGAAUAAAAGCUGCUCCAUACUAUGUCUUGUCAUGGAGCAGAUCAUUGUUACUUGAAUAGGCAUAACAGUAUCAACUACCAUGAUCCAUCUUCGGGCAUGCGCACCAAUAUGGUUCUUCAUGCAUAUAAAUGAUGGUUUUUUUUUUACCCCCUUGCUUUUCACUUCUGUACUUUUGUUGUGAUUUUAAGAUUGCUUGACAGUCUUGAAAAGGAUUAACAUCUGUAAGAUCAGAUAAAAAUGUUUGUCACAAUCUUAAAAAUAUACAAAUUAGAAUUUUUAGUUCUGUUAAAUUUUUUUGAUUGCUCAGAUAUAUUUGCGUGUCACACCAUCACCAAUUUGUACCCAUACAUUGCCGUUUGGUCCAUUACUUCUUCCAUUUUAAAAUAUUAACAAACCAUUUCAAUCCGAUGUACAUAAACCAAUUUGUAUUACUUUUAUUUUGCUUCGUUAAUAAGUAUCUUGAUGAAUUAUACAGAAAAAACUAGAUAUUUAUAUACACUGUAUAAAAAGGACAUAACUUUUUUUUCUCACUGUCUGAAAUUAAAGUAGACUCCACUUUUCAUGUUUUUGGUCAUUUAGGAUUACCGAAAUGUUUCCUAUUUGCUAAAUGAAUGGAAUGAAUGGAUGGAUGGAUGGAUGGAUGGAUGGAUGGAUGGAUGGAUGGAUGGAUGGAUGAGAUUGCUAUGCCUUUAAACAAUUUAAGAAAUUCCAGAUGAUGAUGUCAUGGCUUUGUAAGCUUCUAUAGGUUUAUGCAAAAAAUUUUAAUUACAUGGAGGAACUACUGUGGAUGCUUUUUAAGACGGGUGUGUUAAAAGCUUUGGAAAUUCAAGGAAAAUUAAAAGUAAUCAGCCAAAACAUUAGGAGGAGAAGUACGGUCCUCGACAAGUUUGAAGGUGCCAUGUUCAUCUUUUUGAUCAAUUACAUGCAAAUAUUAACCCCAAUUGAAUGUCUAGCUGUUCAGGAAGGAAAUUGAUUCUGUGUGAGGGACAUUUGGGAAAAAGUGUGUAUCAACCUCACUACAAAAGCAAAAGAGUUUGUGAAGAUACAGACAAAAUCUGGUAACAGAGUGACAGUGUCCACAGUAACAACUGUAACAAAACCUGCUGAAAUUCCAGGUCUGAACAGGGUGAAGAAUUCAUUACCCCUAAAAAGCCAGAUGACAGUUUACAAAUGUACUCAGGGAAAAGAAAGACUUGGAGACAUGACCUGUGGUCGGAUGAAACUUAAAUUCUAGUUUUUUGCCAGUAUUACAUUUGAAGGAAAAGGGGCAAAGUUCACAAUCCCUAGAACACUGUCCCAGUUGUGAGGUACUGGUUUUGUGGCAUCAUGUUUUGUAGGUGUUUUGCUCUAGGAGGAAUAGAUACACUUCACAAAACUGAUGGCCUUAUUUGGAAACUGAAAUAGCAUCUUAAGACAUCAACCAGGAAGUUAAAACGUGGUCAUAAGUAAGUCGAAUUAGAAUACAAUUAGGUUUUACAAAUUUCUUUUCUAUCUUUAGUCAUAAAACAAGUGCAAAAUAUCUGGCAAACUAGGGGAUUGUUGGUGAGACACAUUCCAUGGGACACGGAUCCAAUAACCCAAACUACAAAAUUGCAAUAUGAUCAAGCUGUAGCACUGUGAUAAGCACUGUCAACGCAUGUCAAGUCUUCAUACAUUAAAUGUCCAAGACCAAUUUAGUAGAUUUCAACAUAUGAAAACCUUUCAUGUUUUUAUGGGCAUGAUGCAGAUUAUCUUGAAAAAAAAAAAACUUAGAACAUGUUUUGUUCUCAGAAUUUGUUUCCUUAUGCUGAAUUGGUAGCAUUUAAAAUGAAAUUAUUUAUUUAUCCCAACACUGUUGUUACAUCUAAAAAUUAUAUGAUUAUUACAGAUUUAACACAUUGCUUGAAAAAAAAUUUUUUACUACCAUGGUGACCUUGCAACCAGACUCCUUAAAGAUUGAAUUACGUGUUGUUUAUGAUAUUUAUGAAGACAAGUUGUUCAAAGGAUUUUACUGCAUUGUAGUAAAAUGCUGUGACAAGUUCAUAUCUUAGAUGGUAAUAGUUUUGUAAAUGUGCUCAGUUGGCUACAUUAUUGGAUGUGUUGAGACCUGAUCUUUAUCUUUAGCGAUGUCACCCAGCUAGGCUCUGAGUUAAAAAAAAUAACAGAUUUUACCAACGUCUUUAUUGUAAUCAGCCUGAACAAAUGAUUGAACAGCCAUCAUGGGGACUAUUCAGAAAACAGAGGAUUAUAUUGAUCAGUUUUUUUGUGAUGUGUCGUUCCUUGAGGCUGAUUUAGUCAAUGAAUUUGAAAGGAAUACCAUUAAGUAAACCAAAUAAAAUUUUUCUACACCUAUAGGUCAGUUGUUCCAUGUUAUAAGUAUUACAGUAAAAACUAUUUGAUGUUGAUGAUCAUCAUUUUACCAAAGCUGUUACACUAUAAUAUUUUCUACCAUCUGUUAAAAAGAAAUGAAGAUGAUGCAGAGAAGAACAUGUGAUUUAAAGUUUGUUCUGAAAUAACAGCAGGUAGAAAGAAAAAAAAAUAUUUAAGUUUAGGCUAAUUUGUAUUAAAACAAAAAAAUAUGACAUCAUUCUCAGGAAGUUACUAUAUACAUAAAGUUGACUUACUCACCUGCUGUCAAAGUACAAGUAUGACUAAGACUCUAAAAUCAUGCUUGGAGCUGUCACACCUUCUUCUGGCAGACUGGGGCUAUGAGCAGGCUGCUAGCAGAGCCAAUAAAACUCCAGCCACACAUAGAUCUGAUAAGCAAUUCCCUUAAAGGUCUGCUCUUUUAAGAUGAUUUGCAGUCAGUUAAUGGUGCAAAAAUCAUGUCAGACCUAAACAAAAGCAUUUCACCUUCAUAAAAUCAUGUAUGUCUUUAUAAUGAUGGUCUCGGUGACCCUUCCUCCAGUUGACUGCCCGCUUUUGUUAAAAACAAUUUGCUGAGUAUGUUUAUGUUACAAGAAAUUAAAUUGCCUGAACUUUUGUGGCAACAGUGUCACUGAUCAUAUAAACAGGUACAUGUAUGUAGUUUUUAUAAAUAUGACCAUAUGAGAUGAGCUGACAAAUAUGAUCUAUGUGGUUAACAUCCUCUUACAGUAUUCCUCAAACUAAGUUGGGUUUGUGAUUUAGACUGCAGCUGAGUGUCAAAGGUUGCUUAUUUUUGUGGCAAACAAACUCUAACUUCUGAAUUUACCUCAGUGUCUUGUGCUUUUAUCCACACUUUCAGUCUAUCUACGAUGGAGAGCAUUAAAUAGUUGGCAUUUGGUUGCAGUGCAUAGACCAUGAGAACAUUUGUUUAUGCAAGACCUAGGACCGGAAUUAAAAUAGGGCCAAGCAAAAUAAAGCAAUGAAUGGGAGACAUUCAACUUUUUUGCAAGUUUGUUGUAACCAUUGAAAUAUAAAUUAAUUAUCUUCAAAAGGGCUGGGUUGAUUUGUCCCUUUGCUAUUUUGUAACCACAGUUCUGAUGAAUAAUGUAGAUUAAUAAUUACAAUUUAAUUAAUUGUGCCAUGUGCCAUAAUACAAUGCCAUGAAAAUUAGUUGCUCCCUUGUAGAUAUCAUCUGUUUUUGCUUUUUGUCUAGCUUAAACAUUUUAGAUCAUAAUUUAAUUUAUUAUCAGAAAAAGGUUAUCUAAACCAUUCUGGCCCUAUGCGAAAACAUAUUUCCCCCCUAAACGUAUUAACUGGUUGUGCCACCCUUGGCAGCAACAGCCCCCAUGAAGAGUCUGCAAUCAAUGGCAUUGAGUCUUUUACAUCACUGUGAGUUAAUUUUGUCCCACCCUUCUCUACAGGAUUGUUUUAACUCAGCCUCAUUGGAGUUUUUGAGGCAUGAACGGUUUAAGGUCAUGCCAAAAGAUUGUGUACAUUAAAAAUAACUAUAGAUUGUCUAAUUACAUGAUGGAGUUAGUGGUUUUAGCUGUCAUCUAAACUUCUAAAGAAUAAAAAGACUAUUAAUGAAUAAAUAGAAGCAUACAGUACAUAGACAAAGUCCAAUGGGACAGAGACCAAUGUUUAAAUGACAGCCUAAAACUCCGUUAAACAUAAUCGGUAAAUCAAUAUACUGUUUAGUUUGCUCUACUAACAAUAAACUAAAAAGUAAUAUUGUCUUUUGAUGUUUACCAUAUUUAGUCAACAUGUGAUGUUCUAUUAGUGUAAAGACUUUGAAAUAAUGAUGCAAAAUUAUUUAGACUAAUUUCUUCCAGUUAAAUGAAGGAUGAAGCACUGUGGUGAAUCGCACCUUACUCACAACUGUUAACAAAUUGUUGUUGUUUUUUUCAUGGCUGUGUACUUUUUGUGUCCGACUGUUUUUUUUUUUACCCAUUAAUUAUAAAAGGGAGAUUUUAGGAUUCUAGGUGCCUUUAUAAUAAAAAAAUAUUUUAUCAAUUUUCCCCUCAAUGCACAUCUGGACACUAGUUCGCGCUCUUCACUUUUUUAUCUGAAUUUCUAAAGCCUGAAGACCUUAACUGUAUUGUCAUGCUUGACAUUCACUGUAACAUUUUUUUCUGACUAAGGAAUUAUUCAUAUUACUAUGGCAAAACCAACUAAACAUCAUUACAUGUCUGUUAACUGUUGUGUCACUCUUUGCAUACCAUUGUAAUUUUAUUUGUACAGUAUGUUUGAAUAUAUCUAAGGUAUAUUAUUCCAAAGUUAAUCACAAAAAAGUGAAACCUGUCUGUUGGAUAUAAAUGUCAUACUUUGCCCAAAUGUACUGUAGGACUGUGUUUGUGGUUUGAUGCCAUCUUUAUUAUGCUGUGAAUGAAAUUCAUGCAGACCCUAUAGAAAACUUUUUCACUUAGUUAAAACUAGGUUUUUUGAUGCAGUGCAUUCCAGUUUUGUUUAGAAGCGUAACAUAAUACUAGACUUAGAUGGUUGAAAGUCACAAUCUUGUUUCACCUAUAAACAAAGCCAGCAGUGUUUGCUUGUCACUACAUCCAACAGUGGUUUCGCAAAGCAGUGAGGGGACAAUUGAAACCACAGGAGAUGAGGAGGAACAGCGAGUGGUGUUAAGUUAUCUUUAAAGAUUGUGUUAAUAGCCAUGCCUUUCAGUAGAACAAAGAAUAAUAUUAGUGUUAAGGGCAGCAACUUUGUCUCAUCAUUCCUUUUUUUUAUUUAAAUCACAUAUUUUUUAUUCAUGACCUAUAUUAUUCCUACUGAGAUCAGUCCCUAUAUGAUCAGCUUAGCCUGCCCUCCUUUGUUUGCAGUUUGUGGUGAAUCCGUGUUUAUGGUGACCUUCAACUGCUGUUGUUUGGCACAGCUAGCUUGUGUGACAGUUUGUAAAAUUGAUCAGCCUCAAGAACUGCAGUAACCAAAGUUUUACCAUGUGCCUUUCCCAGAUGUAGUCCUGAUUUAAUUUUAUUUGACCUUAAACCAAAAAAAUGCCAAUCUUUCCUGUACCAGUAGUUUUAGUGUGUAACUGUGACACAGAAUUGAAUGCAUUAUUAAUAAUAUCAAUACUUUAGAGGUUAAUACCAAUGAAUAUACACCCAAUGUCAUUGUGCUGAUAUUUCAAAAACAAUAAAAACAUAAACAUUCUAA